CGAAAGGUCACGACAGAAUUUACAGUAAUCCUUGGUAGCGAUGGCGGAACCCAGCCCGCCGGAGAAUUUAGUGAAGUACGACUCGCCCAUCUUCACAGGCGAACACAGUGAAGGAGGAAAGAAGGUCAAGCCAGCGCCAGGCACGAAAGUAGACCCCGUAUCGCGCAUUGAGGAUGUGCUGAACGCUAUGCUGCCACCUCAGACUUGGAAGGAGGAAACUGGGCACUGGAUGCGCUACACGUCCGCUGAGCCUUCCACUCGUUUUGACGUGAUCAAAUUGCAAGAACAAAUGGAUGCCAAGCUCAUUAAGCGUCAAGCGCGGGAAAGCGGCAUUUGCCACGUUCGUGAGGACAUUUAUGCCCAGUGUUUUGACGAACUCAUUCGCGAAGUGACGAUCAAUUCUCCAGAACGAGGACUGCUGCUCUUGCGUAUCCGGGAUGAAAUCCGCAUGACCACAGACGCUUACAAGACCUUGUAUGACAGCAGCAUCACAUUUGGUGUGCGGAAGCAGCUGCAGGCCGAGCAGGGCAUGGGGUCGAUCGAAGACAAGAUUGCGCUGCUCGCAGAAGAAAAGCGAGAGUACGAAAACAAGGUGCUGGAACUGACCAACAAGCUCGAAGUGAUUGAAAAGCGAGGAAGCGAACGCCGCGCGUUGCAAGAGAAACGCUACAAGGAAGAAAUCGAAUUCCUCAAGUACCAAGGCCAGCACCUGGACGCGUUCUUAAAGUCCGCGGGCGGCGCGGGCAAAUAAGUAGCGAAUUUGACUGCAAAGUGCACAUCCAAACUGGACUAGUUGUGGUAGAACGUACUAAACCAUACAGUGGAACGUACUAGUAUGUACUACCUACGUUAGUCUACAAAUCAAAAUUAUUCAAGUGGA